CCACUUCCUCUUCUCACAAAUCGACAAUGGCGCCAAUCACAGAUAUCGAAAAAGACAGAGAGGCCAUCCAGCCAUCUCCAGUCGUACCUUCAGAGACAUCCUCGCAAUUGGACGAUACCUACGAGGAGUACAAAAGGAAUCAAGGAAUUGAGAUUAGUCCAGAGGAAGCGAAGAAGACCUUGCGCAAAAUAGAUUUUCGUGUAGUACCAGUCCUAUUCUUCACGUAUCUUUUACAAUAUCUCGACAAGAAUGGCAUCAAUUACGCAUCAGCAUACGGGUUAGAGAAAGGCACAAAAUUGAAAGGACAGGAUUAUGCAUGGCUUGGCUCGAUCUUCUACUUUGGAUAUCUAGCUGGGCAAUACCCUUCGGGCUAUCUGCUCCAGCGCCUACCGAUUGCUAAAUUUCUUGGUUGCGCAACUUUAGGAUGGGGGAUAAUUCUCAUGACGACUCCGGCAUGCCACAACUUUGCGGGCAUAGCUGCGAACAGAUUCUUGCUCGGACUUCUGGAGUCAACUGUGAACCCUGGUUUCGUGCUCAUUAUGAGUAUGUGGUAUACCUCUGCUGAGCAGCCUCUCCGACUCGAAUCGUACUACUGCACUAAUGGCAUUGCCACAAUGUUUGGUGGACUUGUUGGUUACGCUGUGGGUAAGAUCAACAGCGGUCUCCCCAAAUGGAUGUACGUCUUCAUCAUCUUCGGCUCGUGCAGUGUGCUCAUGGGCAUUGUCACCUUGCUUGUCCUGCCAGACUUGCCUUCGACCGCCAAACACUUGACCGAGCGCGAGAGAGCAAUUGCAGUAGAGCGGGUUGCGGGUAACAGACAGGGAGUAAAGAACAAGCACUUCAAGAAAUAUCAAGCAUGGCAGACCGUCAAGGAUCCAAAGACAUGGAUAUUGUUCGUCAUGGCUAUUGGUGCUCAAAUCCCCAACUCUGCCUUGACUAGUUUCACUUCUAUCAUCAUCAAAAGCUUCGGCGUUGACACUCUGGGCACACAAUACCUCCAAAUCCCCGGUGGGGCCGUUCAAUUUCUCUCACUCCUUUCUGGAGGCUUCAUCUGUACUCGUUGGCCGAACUCUCGCUGCAUCACCAUGACGGUAGCAAAUACCAUCUGCAUCCUUGGAGCAGGCCUACUUGUUGGACUACCAAGCUCCAACAAAUGGGGUCGACUCGUCGCGCUUUGGCUUUGUUACUUUCAGGGUCUUGGGUUCAGCAUGAGUCUUACGAUCGUAUCAUCCAACGUCGCAGGCUAUACGAAGAAACAGUUGACGGGAGCUUUCUUGUUCACCGGAUACUGUAUUGGCAAUAUAAUCGGGCCACAGACCUUCAAAAGCAGCGAGAAGCCAGGUUAUAAAAGUGCUUAUGUUGCGAUGCUGAUCGGAUAUUGCGUCAAGCUGUUGAUGGUGCUGAUCCUGUUUGCGUACAUGUGGUCAGUUAACAAGAAGCGCGAUCGAGAGUCGGCAAGUGGGAUCCACUUGACUCCCGAAGAAGAAAAACAGGCAAUUGAGGAAGGCAUGCAUGAUGUGACGGAGAUCGAUAAUAAGGGUUUCCGGUAUAUACUGUGA